CGCCCAUGCAAACAUGAGCGCCUCCUACGGUGGCCAAGAUGGUGAUAUCCGAUCGCCCGCUCUGACUGUAGGUCAACGGAUGUGGUCGGAGUCAACAUCAGCCCGAAUACCGCUGAUAUCAUAAUCUCACCGCUUUGCGCCGUCGCGGCCUUGACAGUUAUAUCUUCUUCUGUUUUUCUCGCCGUUGUAUGUAGUAGAGCAGUGGUUCAAAAUCAGAGACAAGUCGUAAUUGCAAUUUCCCCUAAUAGAGAGAUCCGCCUCCACACAGUCAUCACCCGUCCCGAGACCGGGCGAUUCCCACCCAGCAAGCCGCCUGUGCCGCCACAUCUCCAAACCACAAGGAGAACCAGUCCAGAAAACGACUUUCAACCAAGCCCAGGGUUCCCGCUCCUUAUCACCGCCGAAACUCGCAACAAUGGCUGACGGCGCCCCCGCCUCUGGCCCCAUUAAAGGCCCCUUCUCGUCUCCGCUCCCGCACUGCAAGCCCGCCGCUGAGCCCGCAUUGACCGCCGACCAACAGGCCAAAUACAAUGAGUUCCUGGAGCUGGUCAAGGGCUGGGAGAAGCUGCCCACGACGACGGCCAAGAACCCGGAGCAGGCGCCUCUGAGCGACGACGAAAAGAUGUGGCUGACGCGCGAGUGCCUGCUGCGGUACCUGCGCGCAGUCAAGUGGUCGAAGCCCGCCGACGCUGCGAAACGUCUCACAGACACGCUCAUUUGGCGCCGCGAGUACGGCACCAACUACUUCACGGCCGACUACAUCUCACCCGAGAACGAGACGGGCAAGCUGAUUGUCCUGGGUUUCGACAAUGAGGGCAGGCCGUGCCUGUACAUGGACCCUUCGAAGCAGAACACGGAGAAGAGCGACCGCCAGGUGCACAACUUGGUCUUCAUGCUGGAGAGGGCCAUUGACAUGAUGCCGGCGGGUGUGGAGAGCAUUGCGCUUCUGAUCAACUUUAAGAACAGCACGAGCGCGAAGAACCCGUCUGUCGGCCAGGGCAAGCAGGUGUUGAACAUCCUGCAAGGCCAGUAUCCCGAGAGGAACGGCAGGUCAUUGAUCUCGGAUUUGCCUUGGUAUGUCACGACCUUCUUCAAGCUCAUCUCUCCGUUCAUCGACCCCGUCACCAAGACCAAGAUGAAGUUCAACGAGCCCUUCGGCAACCACAUCCCGCCCUCGCAGCUGAUGAAGACGUACGGCGGCGAGGUCGACUUUGAGUACGACCACUCGGUCUACUGGCCCGCCCUCAACACGCUGUGCGACGGGCUUCGUGCGGAGCGCAAGGCCCGCUGGGAAGCUAGAGGAAAGCAGAUUGGUGACAGCGAGUUCAUCCUGAAGGGCGGCGAGGAACAGCCUGCCGCUGCUCAGGCAUAAGCGUCGACAAGGAAGGCUUGUGUAUAAGAUGUAGAGGACCAAAAGCAUGUCCACGGCGUUUGCAGGUGGGGCUUGCCCAGCGACAGCUUGGUACAUAGAUAUAAUUUGAGGGUUUUCAAGACAUAGUUACGACGACGUGGCGGCAUAUGGGUGUAUGCUAUACAUGUUGUUCGUUCGAAGGGCUUUCAUAAAUGCCAAUGAAUGCAAGAGAGGGCC